GUUGCCCUGGCUGGUCUCUUAAUUCCUGGACUCAUGCAAUUCACCUACCUCCACCUCCCAAAGUGCUGGGUUCACAGCAUGAGCCACUGUGCCUCGCCAUAGUAUGUCUUUAUGCAAAGUAGAAGUGACCCCCUUCUCAAGGCAUUUUAUUUCCAUAUGUCUGAAAAUUGUUACAAUGAACGGAUUCUGUAAUAACAAGGCAUUUUACUGCCAUCUACUGGUAAAUUAUCAUAAUAAAUUUACAAAUUACAAUAUCAUGUGAAUGGUGUCCACUUAAAAGUGAUAUCCUUCAAGACUAGUGAACAAUACAGUCAGGAUGGCUAAUAGUAACCCCAGGAAACCAAGAGGCAAGAUGUCUGCUUUUGCCUUCUUUGUACAGAUGUGCAGAGAAGAACAUAAGAAAAACCCAGAGGUCCCUGUCAAUUUUGCAGAAUUUUCCAAAAAGUGCUCUAAGAGGUGGAAGACAAUGUCUGGGAAAGAGAAGUCUAGGCCAGGCACAGCAGCUUAUGCCUGUAAUCUCAGCACUUUGGGAGGGUGAGGCGGGUGGAUCACCUGAGGUAAGGAGUUUGAGACCAGCCUGGCCAACAUGGUGAAACCCCGUCUCUACUAAAAAUGCAAAAAAUUAGCUGGACGUGUUGGUGGGUGCCUGUAAUCCCAGCUGCUGGGGAGGCUGAGGCAGAAGAAUGGCUUGAACCCAAGAGGCAGAGGUUGCAGUGAGCUGAGAUUGUGCCAUUGCACUUCAGCCUGGGCAACAAGAGCAAAACUCCAUCUCAGAAAAAAAAAAAAAAAGAAGAGAGAGAAGUCUAAAUUCGAUUAAAUGGCAAAGGCAGAUAAAGUGCACAAUGAUACAGAAAGGAAGGAUUAUGGACCAGCUAAGGGAGGCAAGAAGAACGAUCCUAAUGCCCCCAAAAGGCCACUGUCUGGAUUCUUCCUGUUCUGUUCAGAAUUCCACCCCAAGAUGAAAUCCACAAACCCCGUCAUCUCUAUUGGAGAUGUGGCAAAAAAACUGGGUGAGAUGUGGAAGAACUUAAAUGACAGUGAAAAGCAGCCUUAUGUCACUAAGGUGGCAAAACUGAUGAAGUAUGAGAAGGAUGUUGCUGACUAUAAGUCGAAAGGAAAAUUGGAUGGCGCAAAAGGUCCUGCUAAAGUUGCCUGGGAAAAGAUGGAAGAGGAAGAUGAAGAAGAGGAGGAGGAAGAGGAGAAGGUAGAUGAAUAAAUAAACUGUAAAAAAAAAAGUGAAAUCCUUCUUCAGGGCAAAAUUCAUCCAACUAAAUGUGUUAAGUCUGUGAUUUGGCACUGUUGUGACGAACCCUGCAGACAGUAAAAUGUAGACACUUUCUAGGUGGUUUUGUUCUUUUUUUCCCCUGUUUUGUUACUGUUUUUCUUAAACACAUCAUUGAAGUAUUCACUGUCAGUCUUAUCACUGCAAAGCUUAAGCCUAUUUAGACAUACAUGAAAGUAGAAGUCCAAUAAAUACAAAUCAAAUUAUCAAAGAACAAUUGAUUUUCUUCACUCUAGUCCAAAUCUAGAACAAUCCUGGAUGUUUUAGGACUGUUUUUCUUGCUCAAAACAUUUUAUGAAAUAGCCUGAUCACCUCUUCAGA